UUUUCCUACGAAUACAAAUUUGGAUCCAUCAACCUCAAGAUGAAUUUUCUUUUAUCACAAAACAACAGAAAAUGCUGUUCAAAGCUGAUGAAAUUGCUUGGAAACUUGCUGCUACCGCGUUAUUCUAAUUCCACUUGUUCGAUGACCUUGUUCCAAUUUUCUCCUUCCAGAAAAUAGAAUUUCGGACGCACAAAUUCUCCCGUUUAUUUCGAUGGAAGUUACAAUUCCAAGGUAGAGUUGAUUUCGUAAAUUACUGAUUGAUUUUGAAUCUCUUUGUCCAGUUGAUCGUUCUUCCCGUCGGAAGGCGAUUCCGGCCGCUGGCCACAAUUUCGAACCUCUCGUUGUUCGAAGCCCUACAAUGAAAUCUUUCGACAAAACGCCGGAUAGGAAUUCGUCUUUUUCUGAACCUGUCAGCUCAAUCCAAAGUCCUCUUUAUUCCGAUGGCUCUCCUUCUUCUUCCGGUAACGAUCAUCCAAAAUUGGGGCAUAAGAAACAAUUCAUCAGGAAACGAGGCGGAUUUGUAUUUCGGGUACUCGACCAUGUUAAGUUGGGGCCUAAAUUCUUGGUAACUGCCAAAGGUAAGUUGAGAUUAGGUGCGAAAAUUAUACAACAAGGUGGCAGAAAGAACAUAUUCAAACAGGUUUUUGGAAUUGUAGAAGGAGAGCAGCUUUUGAAGGCCUCUCAAUGCUACUUAUCAACAAGUGCAGGGCCCAUUGCUGGGCUUCUUUUCGUAUCUACAGAGAAGGUUGCUUUCUGCAGUGAGCAAAGUAUCACUCUCUCUUCACCGACUGGAGAAUUGCUCAAGACACAUUAUAAGGUUUCGAUACCAUUAAAGAAGAUCAGAAAAGCCAAUCAAAGUGAGAAUGUCAAUGAGCCAGCGAAGAAGUACAUAGAAGUGGUGACGGAUGACAACUUUGAUUUCUGGUUUAUGGGAUUCUUGAGAUAUGAAAAGGCAUUUACAAAUCUUCAAAAGGCCAUAUCCAUGGCUAACAGAAUGCAAUAGUCUACAGAUAUAUCAUGAAACCAACCAAUUCUGGCUGAAGAAGGAGAUAUGUUGCUUUUGCUCCUCAUUCAUAGGAGUGCUUUUUGAAGUUAAAAAUUUGAUAGGAAUUUCACAUACUUAGAUCUUGGAGUGUUUCUAAUGGAUGGAUUGUUCUGUAUUUUGUAUGUAUCUGAUUAGUGUUGUUUAAGUUUAGCUUUCCCACAUCCUCGUGUAUCUAAGUGGGGUCGAUUGAAACAUGUGAAAUAUUUUAUUUCCCCUCGAACUGUAUUUUACUAGACUUUAUUUCAUAAUUUAGUUAUUUUCUUCUGAUUUUA